AUGGGCGGGGCGUCGCGCGCGCUACGCGAUGCGUCGGCGGGCGAAGCGUUCGGAUUAGCGCUCAUCGCGGGGACGUUACACGCGCUCACGGGACCCGAUCACUUGGCGGGCGUGUUCGCGGUGGCGACGAGCGCGCGACGCGUCGAACGGGCGCGACGGUUGGCGGACGGCGACGACGACGACGACGAAGACGACGCGCGUCGUCGACGCGACCUCGCGUGGGCGUGCGCGAGACAAGGCGCGCGAUGGGGCUCGGGACACGCCCUAGGGCUCGCGCUCGUGGGUGGAAUCGUGUUGGCGUGCGAAGACCGAGUGGACGAAGACGCGCUGGGGGCGGCGAGCGACUUCGUCGUCGGGUUCGCGAUGAUUUGGUUAGGAUUGGCGACGUUAAGGAGCGCGUGGCGAUGGGACCGAAAACAAAGGCACGCCAAGGCGCACGUCGAAGAUGAAGCGGCGCGCGAUGACGAUCUGGCGCACGCCGAGGAUGGCGCGACGGCGGGCGCGCGGAACGCCGUCGCCGUCGUCGUCGUGGCGGGGAGCGCCGCACACGCCGAGGCGCACGCAUUGGGAGUCUCCCACGAGCACGCGCACAAGAACGACGUUCACGGUACGCGCGAAAUCCACGGCGAAGCGAUUUCCGAGCGUCGUUCGCUUUGGAAUCGCAUGCGAGACAUGGUCGGCGAGGAGUCGACGCGCGAAGGUAAAUUCGCGGCGUUCGGCGUCGGAGUCGCGCACGGCGUUUCGGGCGUUUCGGGCGUGGUUUACGUUCUCCCAGCCGCGUUUCUCGCAGAUUCCACGCGCGUGGCGUUGUAUAUUUUCGGUUUCGUCGUCUCUAGCGUCGCAGCGAUGACUGCGUUGGCGUUUCUUCUCGGUUUGCUUCCCAGGAGCGCCGCCGUGGCGUUUCGCUUCUCCGUCGUGAGCGGCAUCUCGGCGCUCGUCGUCGGCGUGAUCUGGGUCGCGCUCGUCGCGACCGGUAAGCUCGAUUUAUGA